GAGCUUCAGGACACCUUGCUUCAAUCUUCCCUCUUCUGUCUGGACGAUGCAUUCCAGCUACUACUAACUAAAAGUACACACUUGAUAAGUAUCAUCUCCUAGUUCUGGUGGUCAAGACACCCCCAAAUUCAUUGUCUCCAAAAUGCUCCCGCCCAGCUCUGCUGUCUUCCUCGCGGCCUCGCUACUCGCGGCGCUGCCCGUCCAGGCAGAUGGACUGUACACGAAGAAAUCCCCCGUGUUGCAGGUGACAUCCAAGAACUACGACCAACUCAUUGCGCAUUCUAACCACACAUCGAUUGUAGAAUUCUACGCCCCCUGGUGCGGCCACUGCCAGAACCUCAAGCCCGCCUACGAGAAAGCCGCCAAGAACCUCGACGGCCUAGCCAAAGUCGCCGCGAUCAACUGCGACGAGGACACCAACAAGCCUCUCUGCGGCCAGAUGGGGGUGCGCGGCUUCCCGACCCUGAAGAUCGUGACCCCCGGCAAGAAGCCCGGCAAACCGCGGGUGGAGGACUACCAGGGUGCGCGCUCCGCCAAAGCCAUUGUUGAGGCCGUCGUUGACCGCAUCCCGAACCACGUGCGCCGCCUCACGGACAAGGACCUGGAUAGCUGGCUAUCGGACGACCACAAGGCCCCUAAAGCCAUCCUCUUCACGGACAAGGGAACCACCAGCGCCUUGAUCCGGGCGUUGGCGAUUGACUUUUUGGGCUCGAUUCAGAUCGCCCAGGUGCGGAACAAGGAGACGGCGGCGGUGGAGCGGUUCGGGGUGAAGGAAUUCCCGACCUUGGUGCUGAUCCCCGCGGGCAGCAGCGAGCAGGAUGCGAUUGUUUACAGUGGAGACCUGAAGAAGGCGCCUUUGGUGGAGUUCUUGAGCCAGGUGGCGGCGCCGAACCCGGAUCCUGCUCCGGUUGCUCCUUCGGCUGCUAAGAAAAGCUCUUCCUCCAAGGCUCCCGCGGCGGAGAAAAAGAAGAAGAAUGGAGAAGAAGAAGAAGAUGAUGAUGAUGGAAAGACUCAACAGGCGGAUGAAUCCGGAGCAGAGGAACAGCAGCAACAGCCGCCGGCCCCUGCGCCCCCCGUGCCGGCUCCGCAGAUCGAGUCUCUGACGACCCCGGAAGCCCUCGCCGCAGCUUGCCUGGCUCCCAAGUCGGGCACGUGUGUGCUGGCCCUUCUGCCUGAGGAGUCGCAGGCCGAGACGGAGACGGAGAGCUCAGCGCAAGUCGUCGCUCUGGCCAGCUUGGCCGAGGUGGCGCAUAAGCACGCUCUACACAAGAGCAAGCUGUUCCCUCUUUACGGUGUUCCAGCGACGAACAGCGGGGCGAAGUCCCUGCGUGUGGCCCUGGGGCUGUCGGAGCAGGGCCUCGAGAUUGUCGCUGUCAACGGCCGGAGAGGAUGGUGGAGAAAGUACGCUUCCGCAGAGGCCGAUUACAGCGUCGAGCGCCUGGACGCAUGGGUGGAUGCCAUCCGUCUUGGAGAAGGUUCCAAGGAAAAGCUACCCGAAGGCGUGAUCGUUGCGGAGUCGCAGCAGGCAGAGAAGCCUGUCGUAGCCGAUCAUGACGAGUUGUAAGAUAAUUGGGAGCCUGCGUUGUAAUGGGCGCCUCAGCAACUAGUAGCAUAACCAACGGUAUUUUAGUCAGGCCGAAACAUGUAUUUUUUGAGACGAUAUUGCCAGGCGAACGGGACAAGUGAAUGCUACAAACAAGAAACAAGAACCAAAGAAGAAG